GCAAUAUUUAUUUACAUUGCUCAAAAGGUUCUUUAUAGUGGAAAAAAUGGUUCUUUUAAUAUUAAUAUUAAUGGUUCUUUUAAUCUUUCAAUAUGCCUUUUAAAAUCAUUGUUUACAUUCUCUCCAGACUGGAGGGAAUCCGAAAACAUUGAGCUUCCUGCAGGAGGGAUGCUGAGGGACUUUCAGGAGCAUGACAUGAACUUGCUAAUUCUUGCAUCAGAUGACAUGCAGAUUAAAGUCUCAGAGGGGAACUAAAGCCACUGAGAAAUACUGAGAGAUAUUGGUAACCUCUUUACAGUGUGUACAGUAGAUUUGCAUCUUAUUGUCACUUUUUAUGGACAGUAGUCUGUGCAACUCUGCUAAGACAGUUUACACUAUAAAUGGAAAUAGCUAAAGUUACAUUACAUGUUGAGAUGAAAUUAUACUUGCAAUGAAGUUUUGUCCCCUGCAUGAAAUCGACUAGGCUAUAUAUAUAUUGAGAUUACCUGUUGUAAAAAUAAUUAUAGCUAAUAAAAUAAGAUAGAGGUAUUUAGCAAAUUUUAGAUUUAUUUUAUCAAUGUAAAUCUUUAGAAAGUGACAUUUUUCUGGAACAGUGUUAUACAUGCAAUAUAAGUUAACUAUUUAUUUAUUUAUUUAUUUAUUUUCUAAAAAUGAAAUGUGAAGCAAAUUUGACAGGCCAAAACUCCAGAUAUUCUAGGGUGUCAGUGAUAAGAUCAAAUAUAAUGAAAUAUAAUAUAAUGAACUUAAUGAAAGUUUAUUAUAAAGUGUUGCUCAGAAAAUCUAGCUUUGGAGCUUCAGUUUAAUCCUCGAUUAAUGUGGUCAUGUCUCUAUUGUGUUAUUAAUUUUAAUAGGCUAUAAGGUGAUUCAAAGUUGCUUAAUGGCUUCAUCGCGGUAGUUUUAUAACGUUGAAUGUGCUACACAUUAUAAACGACAGCGUUCUUAUGGAGAGAGCACUAGUUCUUCUUUUUUAACUACACCAUUAAACUAUAAUCCUUGUACACUUAAUAUUUAAGUGCCUAUUUAGAGUAUCGGAUGAGGUUUUUAUUCCAUGAAUGACAGAAUAAAAGUGAUGGCGUAUUUUGCAGCCAAUUAAACUCGACAGAGGCGGGUGCAAAACUCAGAAGCAGUCGGCUGCUGCUUACGGUGAAAACAGGCGGAGAUGAUGGGCGUCUCUUUCAGCCAAUGGGAACGCCAGAGGGGAGUGCCAUUUUCCUGCAUGGUGACGCUGCUGUAGGAACAGCUGGAGACGAUUGGCGUCUCUUUCAGCCAAUGCAAACGCUGAGAGGGCGUGGUUUUCUCUGCAAGAUGCUGCUACAGUAUGAACAGCUGGAGAUGAGCUGUUGUCAAAAGCGCUCGACGAUCAUCAGGUGAUGUGAACUCAACCAACUCAUUCAACUGAUUCAUCUUCUUUUGCAGACUGGUGACGCUGUUCUUAACGACUCAACCGACUGUUUAAUUGUCAAAACCAGUCUGUCUGGCCUCUGGGAGAAUCUCACAGGAAGCUGAAUGUACACGAGGGCAGACAGGAUCCAGAGAAAAAAACCCCAUUCCGAACACAAAGCAUCAUGGGGCGGAAGAAAAUACAGAUAUCUCGGAUUCUUGACCAGCGAAAUCGACAGGUGACAUUUACCAAGCGCAAAUUUGGGCUGAUGAAAAAGGCCUACGAGCUGAGCGUGUUGUGCGACUGCGAGAUCGCUCUCAUCAUCUUCAACAGCACUAACCGUCUUUUCCAGUACGCCAGCACUGAUAUGGACAAAGUUCUGUUAAAGUACACCGAAUACAGUGAACCUCACGAGAGCCGUACAAACACUGACAUACUGGAGACUUUGAGAAGGAAAGGUUUGGGGCUGGACAGUUCGGAGCUUGAUCAUGAAGACAGCGUGCCGAUGGGAAUGGAGAAAUAUCACGACGGCAUGGACCUCUCCAUCGCUCGGCAACGCUAUUUUGCUCCAUCACUCCUCCCUUCAGAAGUUAUGGGUCCAAGUACUGAAAACGGCUACAGCAACUCCUCCAAUCCAAACCUAGGUGCCCAUCGGACUCCGUCCUACAAACCUUUGUGCACCAGGCCGGGCUCAACCGGUUCUGUCAGCUCCAACUCUCAUCCAGCUCUCAUGGGACCACAUGCAGGUCUGGGCUACUCAAUGUUUUCUCAUGGCAACCUGAGCAAGGCCUUGGAGAUGAAGACUCCGCCCCCUCUGAAUAUGACCAGUGAUGGACGUCGCAUUGAUGCUCACAGCGGACUGUGUGGAACCCGCAGCAAUUUGGCCAAUGCAGUGAGAGAGUCUACAAAAAGAGCACUCUAUCAGAGUAUGCAUGCUGGGGGUCACAUGAUGGCAAUGGGGAAGACAGGCUUACUGGGGCACAGUCUGGGCAAUUACGGGGCCUCAGAAUACAGCCACCCGAGUUACACUGUAGGCUUUCAACGCAAUUCUAUGAAUACCUGGCAACCUUUGUCUCACCAAGAUGCUCACCAGUCCAUGAUCAGCCCUGGGAUGGCAUCAGGAGGAAGCUGCUCCUAUCCUUCGCAGUGCUCUUCCCCGUCCUCACCGCCACACCACUCCCUCAACCUGAGCAUCAAAUCAGAGCGCACCUCUCCUGAUCACAUGCUCUCAGCCACGACCCCCAGCCAUCACAUGCUGCAGCACUCACCAAUGGAAGAGCCCAAAGAGACCUCGGAGGAAUACACAGCUAUGGAGAGGGACGGGAUACAGAAGGGCGCUUACUCCAGUCAGCCUGGUCCAAACAGAGACUCCGGAGAGGGGAAAAGCAAUCAGCCUCUGAAACAACAUGACAUCAGUAAUGAAUGGAUAAGAUAAUUUCCCCAUCUUUUUUAAUGUCUUAAAUUCUUUUUUUUAAUUGGGAGAUGCAAUCUUCAUAUUAAAUGAAACAUGCAUUAUAUUUGUUUUACUUAACAGGCGAUGCAUCACACUUUCUUUCCCAGCUAUUUUUUCGAAUUUAAAUAUACAUGCAGUAAUUCAGAUGUUUUAAUCAGAACCAGUAAAAAAAUGUAAUAAUAUUAUCACUUCACCAGAGCAGCAUUCAAAAAUCAGCUCUGACCCUGUUUGAAAAGGGGGAUUUCUGUUUUCCCCACAUAGUGUAAAUUACUGUAGAGCCAAAAAUGAUUUUCAUGUAAAUGAUCUUCACUCAGAACGGACUGCAUUUCUACUUUCAAAGGGUUUUUUUUUAAUGAGAAAACAAUGUUGUCUUGCUAAUUGUUUGCUAAUUUGCAUUAUUUCUGGCAUUACCUAUAUAUUACAUAAUAUUUUAUUUUCUAUGCUUGUUUUUUCACUUGUGCUUGUGUUAUCAUUUUGUGUUUAUGCUGUAUACCACCAUGUACCAUUCUGAAGUGUUGUCAGUUGAAGUUUGUUGCAAUGUCCACAAGAGGGCGGCACAUAACUAUAUCAGUCAUCUGAAUGCUUCUUGUUGACGUGACACCUUGUAGCCUACCCUUUAUUUUAUAAUAAUUAAAGAAUUUCAAUUGUA